AUGACGACAGCACUCACUGAGGGUGAGUCUCGCCAUGAGUAUCCUCGCCGACUAAGCGAGAUACCCGUGCGCAGCAGAUCGGGUACCAACAUUGAGGCGCUUUUGCGGCGCCAGCGAAAGCGCAGUAACUCUCGUGCGCGAAUGCGUGAAAAAAGAAACCGAGAAGCAAGUGAUUCUCAGUGGGACAGCUCUAGCGUGUCCUCUGGCGAUGAAGAGAAUGGACAGAUGCUGGAAGUACAAGCCAAGCUCCCUCCGCGGGGAUCGCCAACCGGGCGCUCGGCGGCUGCAAAACCACCGCCUACGCCACCAGUGCCCGAGACUGCUCCGCUACCGCCACCGGCCUCGGCGCCGGCCACACCCAAACUCGCACGUUCACAAUCAUCUACCGCUUCGAUUCACUCCUUUUUCCAAGGUCAUACGAAACAAACGGCAGCAGCACCCGUGGUGAAUAAGCAAACUGUAUCAAGUGGCGCACAUGGUGUGGAUGAUGAUACCAUGGAUAUGUCGCAGCACUCCGCCACCUCACAUGCUGACGAAGGUCUUUACAUGCACCAUGGUGGGAGCACAUCUAGUGUCACGCUCGACAGAAUGAACAAGAUGACCGCGACGGGGCGCAUACCCAUCAUGACUUCUUUACCGCAAGAGCUCGACCUACCACUCCGUCGUUCUAUGAGCACGCAGUCCCUUCACGAACCCACGGGCCUUCGGCAGAGUGCCUCGCAGCAACAACUGAGUCAAUUGCUGACCGGUCAGGCAUCGGCUCGCGCUCCACAGACUGCCGCAUCACGCAUAAGACCACCCGGCCGCAUAGCUGCCUCCUCUAUUGCGCAUUUACUGAUAGGCUCUCGCCAUCAUACCGACAAGGGGUCCAAGCCGGUUGUGUCCCGCUUCUCCGAACCGACCCAGUCUGCGAGUGCUGCGAGUCUGGAAAGAAGCCGUCGUCUGACGAGCUCAGGUGCAUUCCAUGGUUUGAACGGGUCACUGGGCCGAGUUGUGAGUGUUGAUGUACCUCCUAGCUCCGUUUUUAGUGCGUCGUUCGUGGAUCGUGUGCAGCACCACAUUGAUAUGGAUGCACCACCAACUGAGCGGGACCGCAUGCAGCACCGCUACUUGUUGGACUAUGGACUGAGUGGCCCACCGAUUGACUGUGCGACAUUAAGCCAGGCUGAGCUUACGCCGUGUCUUGAGUCCGGCGUGUUCCUUGAGGAGCAUGAGCAGGCGCGGAACUGGCACAGUACUGCGCCGCGCCGCAUGCUGCUGGUGCCUGACUCGACGACCACGCUGGGACCCAACAUGAUCCCAUUCCAUUUCAUUCACGCACUCACAUCGACAUUGGAUCAUGCGCUAGCACUAGACCAUGCCGAGGUACCAGCCAUGGCGUCGCUGCUGCCGGGCGUGUCUGAGCGCCUCGAUGACGAGUGCGACCCGACUUUGACGUCCUCGCCGUCGUCACGCGAAGGUGCCCACUAUAUUGAUAAUAUCUCAAUGCGUGCUAUCGCAUACACUGCCCAGGCUGUGUCCGUACAACGUUCUCACACAGUGACGCGCCGCUUUGCGGAUCCGCUGAGGUCGUCGCUCGGUCGCGUUGUGCGUCUCUCGGGCUAUGCAUCACAGCUAUCGUCGAUGGAGCCCGAGACGCACUGGCAUGCAAGGCAUGCGUCACGAUCGCCCCCAGACCAUGUCAGCGUAGCCGCCGGAAGCCUGUCUGAGCAUCUGCAGACGCUGGUGUCACAGUCCGAACGCCAAGCCCGAGCUUAG